AGAUGGAAAACCUUCUCGUGUGGAUCAGGGAGAUAACAACACGACGUCGAUAUGGAUUCUACUUCUACAUGUUAUGGAGCAACAAUCAAAUAUUUGGUUCUAAUACUCUCUAUUGGUUCAGAAUGUUCCGGGGUAAUCAGAGCGCAGGACAAUAAAUCGGGCCUCGGGGCUUCCUUCAUAUUCGGGGAUUCUUUAGUAGAUUCCGGGAACAACAAUUAUCUCCCGACACUGUCGAAGGCGAAUAUCCCGCCAAACAGUUGUGAUUUCAAGGGUUCAGGGGGGAAUCCCACCGGAAGGUACACUAACGGCCGGACAAUUGCAGACAUUGUUGGAGAAGAGUUGGGACAACCAAACUAUGCCGUUCCAUUUUUGGCUCCAAACUCCACAGGCAAAGCAAUCCUCCAUGGAGUGAACUAUGCUUCCGGUGGAGGAGGAAUUCUCAAUGCAACAGGAAGAAUUUUUAUAAAUAGACUGGGUAUGGAUAUUCAGAUUGACUAUUUCAAUAUCACGAGGAAGCAAUUUGACCAGCUCCUCGGGGCAUCAAAAGCGAGAGACUACAUCAUGAAGAAAUCGAUCUUCUCAGUCACAAUCGGUGCCAACGAUUUCCUCAACAAUUACUUGCUCCCUCUCCUCUCAACUGGUACUCGGAUUACGCAGACCCCAGAUUCGUUCAUCCAUGAUAUGAUCAAUCACUUGAGAGAUCAAUUAACAAGGCUAUAUCAAUUGGAUGCAAGGAAGUUUGUGGUGUCGAACGUCGGACCAAUCGGGUGCAUACCGUACCAGAAGUCCAUCAACCAAGUAAAUGAAGACCAGUGUGUGGACUUGCCCAACAAGCUUGCUCAACAGUAUAAUAUCCGUCUCGAGGACUUGCUCUCCGAGCUGAACAACGACCUUCCUGGAGCCACCUUCGUCCAUGCAAAUGUGUACGAUCUGGUGAUGGAACUCAUCACGAAUUACAACCAAUACGGAUUUGAAACAUCAAGUAAAGCGUGUUGUGGUAACGGGGGCCAAUUUGCAGGGAUAAUCCCGUGUGGACCGACCUCGAGUAUGUGCAGCGAUCACUCAAAGUACGUAUUCUGGGACCCGUAUCACCCCAGCGAGGCUGCCAAUCUGUUGCUUGCCAAGCAAUUGCUGGAUGGAACAGACAAAAGAUUCAUUUCCCCGAUGAAUCUCAGGCAACUUCGGGACCUCUCAUGAAUAUUAUUAUGUAUCUACGAGUACAGAUGCGUCAACAUAUAUGCACUUUCAGACGUGCUGAGAUCAUAACUUAGCUGAGUGAAAUUCAUUUCUUGUUUAUUGAGAGCAUUGCCUUAAUUUUUAUUCGAUAUAACGGUGUGUACGAAAAGCUUUCCCGUUGAUCUGAUUGGACUUUUUGCAGAAUAAAUAUAGAUAACAUGGUCA